AUGACUUUCGAUACUACUGGAAUAGACUUUGCAGGCCCAGUUUAUAUUAAGACCUUUAAACCUUCAAAUACAGCUUACAUUACGCUAUUUACAUGUUCUACUACUAGAGCCUUGCAUAUCGAACUUGUUUCUGACCUUUCUGUAGACAAGUUUCUUUUGGCCUUGCAACGAUUUGUCAGUAGAAGAGGACUUCCACAUACUAUAUAUAGUGACAACGCCACUACCUUCCAUGCCACAAACAAAGAACUCAUUUUCCUAUGGAAUACAUUGACUUCAACGAAAGUGCAGCAAUUCUAUGCUCACAAUGGUAUAAAGUGGAAGUUUAUUGCACCACGAGCAGCUUGGUGGGGAGGAUGGUGGGAGCGACUAAUAGGUCUAACCAAACGAUGCCUUCGAAAAUCCCUUGGUCGCUCAUUACUAGAUGAGGAAGCCUUAACUACGGUAUUAGUGGGAAUAGAAGCCUCUCUCAACAGUAGACCCUUGAUUUAUGAGCGUGGUGAAAAUGAUACAGAGGAAGCUUUGACCCCAGCUCAUUUCCUAACUGGUCGAAAGUUGACCAUUGUUCCAUCCGGACCUGAGUCAAGAAAUGAUAAGCUCACAAAUAUUUACCGGCAACAGCAAGACUUACUGGAUACAUUUUGGAAAAGAUGGUCCAAAGAAUAUCUUUUGGAGUUACGCACAUUUCAUCAAGUACGAAAUGUAAAGGAAACACCACGAGUACGAGUAGGAGACUUGGUCUUAUUACAAGAAGAUCUGCGACCACGACAAAUGUGGAAGAAAGCUCUCGUGGUGAAAUUAAUCGAUGGCCGGGACGGAAGAAUUCGAACCUGCAUCCUUCGUGUCAAAGGAAAGGAGAUUACCCGUCCAAUUCAACUGGUCAUACCUCUGGAGGUUGACCAGGGUGGGGAGGAUGUUGCGUCUGUACGCGACCGCUUAAAACACAGUUUUAAUGGUACUCCGAAGGCUGACCCUGCUGCUGAAAACUAA